AAUAGUGGUCUCAUACAAUAUUUGUCCUUUUGCAACUAAUUUCACCCAGCAUAAUGCCUUCCAGAUUCCUCCAUGUUAUGAAAUGUUUCAUGGAUUCAUCAUUGUUCUUUAUCGAUGUGUAGUUUUCCAUUGUGUGAAUAUACCAUAAUUUAUCCAUUCAUCCGUUGAUGGGCACGUUGGUUUCUUCCACCUUUUUGCUAUUGUAAACAGUGCUACAAUAAACAUGGGGGGGCAUAUAUCUGUUCCUGUAAAGGCUCUUAUUUGUCUAGGAUAUAUUUCAAGGAGUGGGAUUGCUGGAUCGUAUGGUAGUUCUAUUUCUCGCUUUGUUUAAGGAAGCACCAAAUCGAUUUCCAAAGUGGUUGUGCCAUUUGACAUUCCCACCAGCAGUGUAGAAGUGUUCCAAUCUCUCCACAGCCUCUCCGACAUUUACUAUUUUGUGUUUUUUGGAUUAAUGCCAGCCUUGUUGGAGUGAGAUGGAAUCUCAUUGUAGUUUUGAUUUGCAUUUCUCUAAUGGCUAUUUUUUUUUAAUGGCUAACGAUUGUGAGCAUUUCCUCGCCUUAGCUACCUGAAUGUUUUCUUUACUGAAGUACCUGUUCGUAUCCUUUUCCCAUUUUUUAAUUGAGUUAUUUGUCUUUUUGUAGUUGAGUUUUUGCAGUACCAUGUAGAUUUUAGAGACUAGACGCUGAUCAGAAAGUCAUAGCUAAAAACUUUUUCCCAGUCUGUAGGUAGUCUUUUUACUCUUUUGGUGAAGUCUUUGGAUGAGCAUAGGUGUUUGAUUUUUAGGAGCUCCCAGUUAUCUAGCUUCUCUUCUGGUGUCUGUACAUGGUUGAUAAUUUUUUAAUACUGUUUAUGCCAUGUAUUAGGGCUCCUAGUGUUGUCCCUAUUUUUCUUCCAUAAUCUUUAUCGUUUUAGAAUUUAUAAUUAGGUCUUUGAUCCAUUUUGAGUUAGUUUUUGUGCAUGGUAUGAGGUAUGGGUCUUGUUUCAUUUUUUUGCAGAUGGAUAUCCAGUUAUGCCAGCACCAUUUGUUAAAGAUACUGUCUUUCCCCCCAUUUAACUGCCUUUGGACCUUUGUCAAAUAUCAGCUGCUCAUAUGUCGAUGGAUUUAUGUCUGGAUUCUCAAUUCUGUUCCACUGGUCUAUGCAUCUGUUGCUGUACCAGUACCAGGGUGUUUUGAUUACUGUGGCGGUAUAAUCGGUUCUAAAAUCAGAUACAGUGAGGCCUCCUACUUUGUUGUUCUUUUUCAGUAAUGCUUUACUUAUCUGAGCGCUCUUUCUCUUCCAUGUGAAGUCGGUGAUUUGUUUCUCCAUCUCAUUAAAAAAUGUUGGAAUUUGGGUCGGAAUUGCAUUGUAUCUAUAGAUCACUUUUGGUGGAAUAGAAAUUUGUACAAUGUUAAGUCUUCCUAUCCAUGAGCAAGGUAUAUUUUUCCAUUUAUGUAGGUCUCUUUUGGUUUCUUGCAGUAGUGUCUUGUAGUUUUCUUUGCAUAGGUCUUUUACAUCUCUGGUACGAUUUAUUCGUAAGUAUUUUAUCUUCUUGGGGGCUACUGUAAAUGGUGUUGAUUUGGUGAUUUCUUCUUUGACUCUCUCUUUGUUGGUGUAGAGGAAUCUAACUGAUUUUUGUAUGUUUAUCUUGUAUUCUGAUACUCUGCUGAACUCUUCUAUUAGUUUCAGUAGUUUUCUUGAGGAUUCUUUACGGUUUUCUGUGUAUAAGAUCAUGUCAUCUGCAAAUAGAGAUACUUUUACUUCUUUCUUGCCAAUCUGGAUGCCCUUUCUUUCUUUAUCUAGCAUAAUUGCUCUGGCUAGGACCUCCAGCACAAUGUCGAAUGAGAGUGGUGAUAAAGGGCAUCCUUGUCUGGUUCCCUGGUGGUGUAGUGGUUAAGUGCUACGGCUGCUAACCAAGAGGUCCGCGGGUCGAAUCCGCCAGGUGCUCCUUGGAAACUCUACGGGGCAGUUCUACUCUGUCCUAUAGGGUCACUUUGAGUCAGAAUUGAGUUGAUGGCAGUGGGUUUGGAUUUUUUGGUGUCUGGAUCCUGAUCUCAAGGGGAAUGCUUUCAGACUGUCCAUUUAGGAUGAUGUUGGCUGUUGGCUUUGUAUAAAUGCCCUUUAUUAUGUUGAGGGAUUUUCCUUCUAUUCCUAUUUUGCUGAGAGUUUGUAUCAUGAAUUGGUGUUGAACUUUGUCAAAUGCCUGUCCUGCAUGAAUUGAUAAGAUUAUAUGGUUCUUUUAUUUAUGCGCUGGAUUACAUUAAUUGUUUUCUAAUGUCACACCAUCCCUGCACACCUGGUAUGAAUCCCACUUGGUCAUGGUGAAUUGUUUUUUCAAUAUGUUGUUGAAUUCUAUUGGCCAGAAUUUUGUUGAGGGUUUUUGCAUCUAAGUUCAUGAGGGAUCUAGGUCUAUAAUUUUCUUUUUUUGUGGUGUCUUUAUCUGGUUUUGGUAUGAGGGAUAUGCUGGCUUCAUAGAAUGACUUUAGUAGUAUUCCAUCCUUUUCUAUGCUCUGAAAUAGCUUUAGUAGUGGUGUUAAUGCUUGUCUGAAAGUUCGGUAGAACUCUGCGGUGAAACCAUCCGGGCCAGGGCUUUUUUUGUUGGGAGUUUUUUGAUUACCUUUUCAAUCUCUUUUUUUGUUAUGGGUGUGUUUAGUUGUUCUACCUCUGUUUGGGUUUAGUUUAGGUAGGUAGUGUGUUUCUAGAAAUUCAUCCAUUUCUUCCAGGUUUUCACAUUUGAAGUACAGUUUUUCAUAGUGAUCUGAUACGAUUCUUUUAAUUUCAGUUGGGUCUGUUGUAAUAUUGCCCAUCUCAUUUCUUAUUCGGGUUAUUUACUUCCUCUCCUCUUUUUCUUUUGUCAGUUUGGCCAAUGGUUUAUCAAUUUUGUUGAUUUUUUCAAAGAACCAGCUUUUGGUCUUGUUAACUCUUUAAAUUGUUUUUCUGUUCUGUAUUUCAUUUAAUUCUGCUCUAAUUUUUAUUAUUGCUUUCUCCUGGUGCCUGACGGUUUCUUUUGUUGCUCUCUGUUUCUUCAAGUUGUAGGGAUAAUUAUUUGAUUUUGGCCCUUUCUUUUUUUUGGAUGUGUGCAUUUAUUGAUACAAAUUGACCUCUGAGCACUGCUUUCCCUGUGUCCCAAAGGUUCUGAUAGGAAGUGUUUUCAUUCUCAUUGGAUUCUAUGCAUUUCUUUAUUCCAUCCUUAAUGUUUUCUAUGACCCAGUCGUUUUUGAGCAGGGUAUUGUUCAGUUUCCAAGGAUUUGAUUUCUUUUCCCUGCUUUUCCUGUUCCUGAUUUCCACUUUUAUGGCCUUAUGGUCAGAGAAGAUGCUUUGUAAUAUUUCAGUGUUUUGGAUUCUGCUAAGGCUUGCUUUAUGACCUAAUAUGUGGUCUAUUCUAGAGAAUGUUCCAUGUGCACUAGAAAAGAAAGUAUACUUGUUUGCUGUAGGUCUAUGAGGUCAUGUUGGUUGAUUGUGGCAUUUAGAUCUUCCGUGUCUUUAUUGAGCUUCUUCCUGGAUGUUCUGUCCUUCACCGAAUGUGGUGUGUCGAAGUCUCCUACUAUAAUUGUGGAGUAGUCUAUCUCACUUUUCCGUGCUGUUAGAGUUUGCUUCAUGUAUCUUCCAGUCCUGUCAUUGGUGCAUAAAUAUUUAAUAUGGUUAUAUCCUCCUGGUAUAUUGUCCCUUUAAUCAUUGUAUAGUGUCCUUGUCCUUUGUGGUGGAUUUGACUUUAAAGUUUAUUUUGUCAGAAGUUAAUAUUGCCAUUCCUGCUCUGUUUUGGUUGUUGUUUGCUUGAUAUAUUUUUUUUCCAUCCUCUGAGUUCUAGUUUGUGUCUCUAAGUCUAAGGUGUGUCUCUUGUAGGCAGCAUAUAGACGGAUCAUGUUUUUUAAAUCCAUUCUGCCACUUUCUGUCUCUUUAUUUGUGCAUUUAGUCCAUUUCCAUUCGCCGUAAUUAUGGAUAGGUAUGAGUUUAGUGCCCUCAUUUUGAUGUCUUUUUGUGUGUGUUGUUGACAGUUUCUUUUUCCCACUUAAUUUUUUGUGCUGAGUAGCUUAUCUUUAUAUAUUCUUUUCCUCUUAUUUGUUGUUGCUGAUUUUAUUUCUGCUGAGUCUCUAUUUUUUCUCGUAUUUUAUUUUGAUGAGUAGGAUUGUUAGUCUCUUUUGUGGUUACCUUAAUAGGUACCCUUAUUUUUCUAAGUUUGAACCUAAAUUUUAUUCCUUUAUAUCACCUUGUCUUCCUCUCCAUAUGAAAGAUCUAUGACUACAUUUCUAAGUCCCUCUUUGUUGUUUUUUAAUGUUGUCUUCUUUUAUUGGGAGGUACCAGUUAUCCUUGAACCCCUGUCACAGGUGGCUGGGUGACCUGAGUGGCAUCACCAGUCCUUAGGCCCCUUUCAUGCGUAGGUGAGGAUCUUGUUUAAUAGCCAAAGCAGUGUCAAACAUCAAACACCCGUACAUAGUGUGUGUGGCCUGGGGGAAUCUGCCCCUGAGGGCGCCCUGGGUAUACCCCUAUCCCACUGCAGAGAUCAGUAAGUAGUCCCCUCUGGGGCCUUGUUCAGUGUUGUGGGGACUGAGGAAAGGUCUGGCCUGAAUCUUCUCUGCUGUUGCUAGCUUCUGGUGGAAUUGGGGAAGGACUGAGAUUUGUCAAAACUCUCUCAAAAGAGCCAAAAAGUAAAUAUGAGAAGGCAGGAAGGGACAGGAAAACUGGACGAAUGGAAACAGGGAACCUGUGGUGGAGAAUGGGAGAAUGUUGACACAUCGCGGGGUUGGCAGCCAAUGUCACAAAAUGAUUUGUGUAUUAAUUGUGUAAUGAGAAACUAAUUUACUCUGUAAAUUUUCACCUAAAUCACACACAAAAAAGGUCCAGACUUGAUGGACCAGUUGAGACCAGAGGACUCCCUGAGACUAUUUCCUUGAGAUACUCUUGAAACCUUCAACUAAAACUAUCCCCUGAGGCCACAUUUUAGCAAAAGAACAGAGUGGCACACAAUAUAAAGGAUAUUAUCCAUGAGUAUGGUGCUAAAUUUAAAAUUAAAAAAAAAAUGCAUAGGAGAUCAAAAGGUCAACAAUUACUCUAAAGCAAAGAUGAGAAGAUAAGGGAACAGGGAAACCAGAGUACUGGAAAUGAAACAGAACGCAAUGAAAGAGAAUGUUGACUGAUUCUGAAAAAUGUAACUAAUGUCACUGAACAAAUUAUAUAGGAAUCAUUAAGUGGAAACCUAAUUAUGUAAACUUUCACUGAAAACACAAUAAAAUAAAAAGUGAAAGAAAAAAACUCAAAGAGGCUCUGGCUUCCCUGGACUCUGCACGUCUCCAGGAGAGGAACCUGGGAAAUUGAUCAGUUCUGACAGUUCUAAAAACCAUGCCCCACUGGUUGGUGACUUUCAGGGAUGUGGCCAUAGAGUUCUCUGAGGAGGAGUGGGAAUACCUCAGCCCUGCUCAGAGGGAAUUGUACAGGGAUGUGAUGCAGGAGAACUAUAGCAACUUGUUGUCACUGGCUGGAUGUUCAGCCCCUAAGCCAGAUGCAUACUCCUUAUUGGAGCAAGGAAAGGAUCCCUGGAUGGUGGUGAUAGCCAUGACAAGAAGGCAAAGCUCAGACUUUGAAUCCAGCUGUGAGACCAAGAAGUCAUCUCCAGAAAAGAGUAUUCAUAAAAUGGAAUCAUGCCAGUGGGAGACAGUGGGAAAACCUCUGGGUCUUGACCUUGGGUGUCAUCGUCCUGGAGGCAUUAUGGAGUACAAAGGCCAAUUUGAGAGACAACAGAGAAACCAGGGGGCACUUUUCAUGUAUGUGAAAACCUGUGAAGAAAAGACCAUUCGAACUCAUUCCACAUCCUCUACAGAGGAAAAAAUGUACAAAUGUAAGCAGUGUAGACAAGCCUUCGGCUACCCGUCAUGCCUUAUGCAACAUGAGAAAGCUCAUAAUGGAAAACAUGCUGAAAUGAAGACAUGUAGGACGACCUUCAGCAAACAGCCCAGCUGUGGUCAACAUCAGAGGUUUCAGACUGGUGAGAAACCAUAUGAGUGUAUGGAAUGUGGAAAGGCCUUCGGUCGUAGUUCCGAUCUGAUUCAGCAUCAGAAAAUUCAUACUAAUGAAAAACCGUAUCAGUGUAAAGCAUGUGGGAAAGCCUUUAUUCGUGGCUCACAGCUCACGGAACACCAGAGGGUUCAUACGGGAGAGAAACCCUAUGAAUGUAAGAAAUGUGGAAAAGCCUUUAGUUACAGUUCACAGUAUACGCUUCAUCAGAGAAUUCAUAGUGGUGAAAAACCCUAUGAAUGUAAAGACUGUGGAAAGGCCUUUAUUCUUAGCUCUCAACUUACUUACCAUCAGAGAAUUCAUAGUGGCGAAAAACCCUUCAAGUGUAAGGAAUGCGGAAAGGCCUUUAUUCUUGGUUCACACCUAACUUAUCAUCAGAGAGUUCAUACUGGUGAAAAGCCUUAUAGAUGUAAAGAAUGUGGGAAGGCUUUUUUAUGUGCGUCCCAACUUAAUGAGCAUCAGAGGAUUCAUACAGGUGAGAAACCCUAUGAAUGUAAGGAGUGUGGCAAGGCCUUUAUUCGUGGCUCACAACUUACUUACCAUCUGAGAGUUCAUACAGGUGAGAAACCCUAUAAAUGUAAAGAAUGUGGAAAAGCCUUUAUCUGUAAUUCUAAUCUCACUCAACACCAGAGGAUCCAUAGUAAUGAAAAACCAUACAAAUGUAAAGAAUGUGGAAAGGCCUUCAAUUGUUGCAAACAACUUAGUGAACACCAGAGAAUUCAUACGGGUGAGAAACCCUUUGAAUGUAAGGAAUGUGGAAAGGCCUUUAUUCGUGGUGCAUAUCUUACUCAACAUCAGAAAAUUCAUGGUGAGAAACAUUACGAAUGUCAGGUCUGUGGGAAGGCCUUUAUUCGUGUCACACAACUUACUUAUCAUCAGAGAAUUCAUACAGGUGAAAAACCCUACAAAUGUAAAGAAUGUGACAAGGCCUUUACUUAUGGCUCCCAACUUAGUGAACACCAAAGACUUCACAGAGGUGAAAAACCCUAUGAGUGUAAGCAGUGUGGGAAGGCCUUUAUUCGUGCUUCACACCUUACUGAACAUCAGAAGACUCAUACCGGGGAGAAGCCCUAUGAAUGUAAGGAAUGUGGGAAGGCCUUCAGUCGGGGAUCGGAACUUACUCUACAUCAAAGGAUCCAUACUGGAGAGAAACCCUAUGCAUGUGUUGAAUGUGGCAAAGACUUUAUACGUCAUUCACAACUUACCAAACAUCUGAGGCUUCAUAAUUAAGAAAGCCACUGAAUGGGAUUUAUUCUAAGCCUUCACCUGUCUUCAGUUGCUUUGGUGUAUUAAGAGAACCCAUAUUGUGAUAGUAAUGAAUGUAGGACAUUCUUUUGCUUCACCUCGGAAUCUGCCCCUUUUUGGAAAGCCUAUAGUAACUUCUGGGAGCCCUGGUGGUGCAGUGGUUAAGCACUCUGAGUGCCCAGCUGCCAACCAAAAGGUUGACGUUUUGAACCCAUUGGCUGCUCCACAGGAGAAAAAUGUGGCAGUCUGCUUCCAUAAAGGUUACAGCCUUGGAAGCCCUUUGGGGAGGUUGUACUCUGUCCUAUAGGAUCAGUAUGAGUCAGCAUCCACUCGACAGCAUCGUGGUUUUUUUUUGGGGGGGGGACAUAUUAAUGAAUGUAGAAAUGACUUCUGGAACCCUUGAACGUUUUUGAAAAAUCUUCAUGAGCCUGGAAUGUAAUG